AUGUUUGUCACUUCGAAUACAGAUACUUUGAAAUGUCCCAUUACUUUUGAAUUAUUUCGCGAUCCCGUUACUGGCCAAGAUGGUCAUACAUACGAACGAGAUGCGAUUAUAACAUGGCUCCAAAAAAAUGGUGCCAGUCCGCAGACACGUGAGCCAAUGACUAUUGAUUCAUUACGACCAAAUCAUAUUGUCAAACAACUCGUUGAUGAAUUCAAAUCAUCAUCAUUACAGAAACAUUUUCUUUUCAGAUUUGGUAUUGAUAUAAGAAAAGCAGGAAAACGACCUAUCUUUCAAACACAAGGAAAAUCUAUUUAUAGAGCUGAAUGGAUAUCAAAACCUGGUCCUGACGUUGUUCUACUGAAAAUCGAAGGAGCUAAAGCAAAUCGAGAAGCAGGAUAUUAUGUUCAACUUGGUUCUCACCCUCAUAUUGUUCACACAUAUGGUAUGGUGGAAAAUGAUUUCAACGCUCUUAUGCUUGUACAAGAAUAUGCCACUGAAGGUGAUCUUGCAGAACUUUUAAAAGAAAACGAAUUUCAGCCAUCAAAAUUAGUUCUAUUAGAAAUAUUUUUACAAAUUAUUGAUGCAAUGGUUUAUCUUGCUAAUUAUGGUAUUGUACAUGGUGAUCUUGCUUGUCGUAAUGUAUUAGUUUUUCGUCUUCAUAAUUCCAAUCCACAAGAAAAUUUAGUCAAGUUGACUGAUUUUGGUUUAACACGUGCGAGUGCAUUAUAUUCUGUUGUUGGUAGUACAGCAUCAACAACACUUGUUGUUGUUCCUCUAAGAUAUGCUGCACCAGAAAUUCUACUCAGUGCAGGUCUAUCAAAUUAUUCUGAAAAAUCAGAUGUCUAUUCAAUGGGUAUUUUAAUGUGGGAAGCCUGUUCUCAAGGACAAUUACCUUAUGGAUCAAUUGAAGAUGAUAGUGAAGUUUGUAGAUUUAAAAUUGAAGGAGGCAUCUUGAGUCAACCUGAGAAUUGCGAUGAAAAACUAUGGAACAUAAUGGUUCAGUGUUGGCAUCAACAAUCAGGAGCUCGCUCAACAUUCAAAAUGCUGAAAGAAUCUUUAUGUGAGUUAUCGGUACAAUCAGCAGCAUUUCACCUUAAAAAUGUUAAAAACAAAAGCAUCAAGAAUAAAAUGCCAACUAUCGUUCACAACACAACUGAUAGUCAUGUACAAAGAAAAGCAGGCACACGCAUAGAUUCUCCGAUGUCUAAUGAAAAUCCUCUGAUGAAGACAACGAUUAUCUGCAACUUUUGCAAUAGCUAUUUGCCUGGUCUUGGUAAAUUUAUUCAUGAUCAGACUUUCAGGAUGCUCAAUCUCAAUGGGAAACAAAUUGACGACGAGGCCUUACAACAUGUGGCUAGUAUUCUAGCAGACCAUAAAACAUUGAUAGAAUUUAAUCUAAGUAACAAUCACAUCGGCCAUAAAGGAGCUCGACAUCUAGCGAGAGCUCUGCGCAAUAAUCAAACACUCACAAAACUGAACCUUCUAAACAAUAGCAUUGGAGAUAUAGGAGCUCAAUAUUUGGCUGAGGCAAUACACACAAAUAAGGAACAAAACAAACUAAAUGAUUUACUAAUGCGAGUCAAACCAUGGGAUGCACGAAUCCUUCCUGAGACACUGCGAACUAAUCAAACAUUGACAACGCUAAACCUUUCCAGCAAUUACAUUGGACCUUCAGGUGUGAUGCAUCUUGCAGGAGCACUAGGGAUUAAUCAGACAUUGACAACAUUAAAACUCAAGAAAAAUCACAUUGGUGAUACAGGGCUACAGUAUCUUGCAGAAGCACUACGAAGUAAUCAAACAUUGACAACGCUUGGUCUUUCACGCAAUACCAUUGGUAAUGCAGGAGUACAAUAUCUUGCAGCUGCACUAGAAAAGAAUCAAGCAUUAAAAAACCUUAGUAUUUCCUACAAUGACAUUGAAGAUGCAGGAGUACAGUAUCUUGCAGAGGCAUUGCAAGGCAAUCAGACAUUGACAAGACUGAAUCUUCGAGAAAAUCAUAUUUGCCAUAGAGGAGCACAGAAUCUCGCAGAAGCACUACAAAAUAAUCGGGCGUUGGACACACUACAACUCGAAACGAACCAAAUUGGUGAUAAGGGGGUGCAACAUUUUGCAGAAGCACUAAGAACUAAUCGGGUCCUUAAGUUAUUAGAUCUUUCAUGCAAUAAUAUUGGUGUUGCAGGAGCACAGUAUCUCGCACGAGCUUUAGAGAAUAAUAAAAUAUUGGCAAAAUUGAGUCUCCGGAACAAUCUUAUUGGUGAUUUGGGAUUGCAAUAUCUCGCAGAAGGCCUACAUAAUAACCGGAGCUUGAUAACCCUAGAACUUAACUCGAAUAAUAUUGGCGAUAGUGGACUAAAAUAUCUCGCAGAAGCAUUACUGAACAAUCAGGCAUUGACAACACUCGAUCUUAGUGAAAAUCGCAUUUGCGACGAAGGGGUACAAUAUCUUGCAGAUGCACUACGAAAUAAUCAGAAAUUGAUAACAUUGGAUCUUCGAAAGAAUAGCAUUGGCCCUUCAGGAGUACAAUAUCUCGCAGAAGCACUGCGAAAUAAUCAGACAUUGACCACAGCGGAACUCGACUGGAAUCAACGUGGUCACCCAGGAGUACAAUAUCUUGCCGAAGUACUACGGAAUAAUCAGACGCUGAAAGCACUGCUUCACGAAGAUUCAUCGAUAUAA